AUGGCACCUAACCAGGUGACAAUACCUCGAAAGCCAGUGCCGCGGCCUGAACCAAGGAACAAGCGCACCGUAAAGCGCAAGAGCCCAAGACUAACAACGUUAUUAUCAUCUGCUUUCGCGGCAAUACUUCUCUUUACGGUCCUUCCUUGGGCUCGUCGUUGGUUUCUAUCUGGUGCCGCUAUCCAGAGUUUUCUCCUUCUCUUCACCCACCGUGGCGAUGAUAGCGCAUUCCCGUCCAUCCCUCUAUGGACGAGGCUUUCCACACUCAACCUAAUAUACGCAGUCUGCUCCACGUCAUGGCUACUUCAUGGGCUGUUCGUAUCUGUGUGUUAUCCAACCAUACUGCUCACGAGCUUGACCCAUUUCCCUUGGGUUGGUGAGCUUUCCCGCAAGCUCAUGAGGAAGACUUUUGGUCGGUAUGGCCAUUUCAUCCGGGACAAGCUUGCGCUGUUCAAUCUGCCUGCCUUGGAGAUAGAUACAGAAGUCGACGGGCUUUUCGUGCUGAGAGGGGUGACGAUCAGUUUCUCAACCCUAUCCAUCGUAGGACAUGGCGUGGAAUGCGGAAUCAAGCUCGCCAAGGAUAUUGAGCUAGCAAUAUAUGUGGACGAAGUUGUUGUGAAUCUCUUUCGCCGCAUCGAAAUUGGCGACGUUUAUGCGAAUGUCAAGGGAGGAAAGUUCGAGAUGACCUUUGGUGGACUCGACGAUGACACGACGGACGACACCGCCAGUCUCGACAGCUUUUUCGUGGGCGACACCCCUUUGCUUCGGGCUGCCUCCGCUGGCACUGAUGGUUUCAAGAACCGGCCAAAGCUGAGGGAAUCUCUCACUGGUGUCAGCUUUAUGCAAGACUCCUCCCCUCGCGCCGGCCUCGACGGGGUUACUAGGUUAUCACCGGAUGAGGAUGAGGCUGAAAAGGACUAUCAUGAACUCCUUACUGAUAUCAAAACUACAAGUGCAAUCCACAAAGCACGCCGACAAGCCCUUCAAAAGGCCACAGAAGAACAGAGAUCGGCCUUGGACGAUGUUAAGAACAUGCGUGCGGCCAUCAAUGCGGAGCUUCAUAGCUUUCCCUCCAUUUCCCACUCACCGACGCGGUCUGUCCGCGUUUCAAUGUUACGGACAAUGUCGCCACCGUGGGUACGUGAGUUCCAACAUCGACUGCCAUUGCUCCUGCGACUUCUACUAGCUCCAGUCAGCUACCUCCAUCCUAUAAAAAUAUCAUCUAUCAAUGCUGCAGGGUCUGGCAAAUGGGUUUCUUCACUCCUACAACAUGAGAUCUUCGCAGAACACACCGAGACCAACGCAGAGCUGCGGAGACUUCAUCGGAGAACCUCAGCAUGGCUAGCAGAUACCACCUUCUCAUUACAGCUCGUAGAUGUGGACGGUCUCGGGCAAGUUCCUCUGAGCACCUAUUUUGACAUUGUGACCUACUUGAAGGUUCAUGACGUCGUCGCAUAUCGGACUGUUCAGGAACACGGCACAAUUGCCCAGGUGGUGCGUGUGGGCGGAGCCGACGCAACGUUUAGAAUUCCUUCCUACUUGCUUCCACACCAUGAACAUUGCAUACCCCCGGAGCCCAGUACGGAGGACAAAGAGCAGCUAGAGAUCGACGUGACUGAAGCGGACGGCAUUCCGCAGACAGUACGUGCAAAGAAGCUGCUCAAGAAGGCACAGAAGGACCAGACUUCCAUCGAAAUGAGCGUUCACGCUCAACUACCGGCCACAUUUGAUCAGAGCAUGCUGAACUUCGUGGCAGCGGUAGUAAAGGCCACGAAGAUAAUCGAACUGGAGGAGGAAGCUCUUGACAUAGACCCAGAAAGCCCACCUCAGCCCAGUCCAGCUCCUUCGCCUCCACCUGAAGCUGACAGCACACCACCAAGCUCACCAGUCAAGGCAAGUAUGGGCAUCAAAGAAGCUGUGAAUGUCAAGAUGCUGGCACGGAACAUCAGGCAGAACCUGAAGGAUGGCACGUAUAACAGCAACAUAAAGGACUUCGUGAAAGAGGUCCACAAAAACACCCGAGACGGUAUGAGGAAGCAUGCGGUCGGGACUCUCAUCAAUGAUCGCUGGAUUGCAAAGCUGGUCGGAAAGACUGCCGCAGCAUUGCAGAAGGCACAGGGAGACAUAGGUUACACCGGAGGGAUUCCUAUUCCGCUAGCACCUUAUAGAGGUAGCAAGGAUCUGCCAACAAAGUUGUUACCUUGA